AGGAUGAAUGUCACUGAAUUCAUUCUAAUGGGACUUACACAGAAUCCUCAGAUGCAGAGAAUUCUAUUUGGAGUGCUGCUUAUCACCUACUUUAUCACCGUCACCAGCAACCUACUCAUUGUGAUCACUGUAAUCUGCAGCCAGACAUUGGACUCCCCAAUGUAUUUCUUCCUGGCCUUCUUGUCUUUGAUAGAUGCAUCCUAUUCCUCUUCCAUAGUACCUAAAAUGUUAGCUGACUUGUUCUCUAAUUCAAAAGCUGUUUCCUUCAAUGGCUGUAUCACGCAGCUUUUUGUGGAACAUUUUUUUGGUGCUUCAGAGAUUGUCCUCCUUGUGGUCAUGGCCUAUGACCGCUAUGUGGCCAUCUGCAGACCUCUGCACUAUGUCACCAUCAUGAACUUCCGUGUAUGCUGUAUCCUGGUACUGAUGUGUUGGUCAGUGGGUUUUCUCCAUUCUUUUGGACAAGUUGUACUUACUUUCUGGCUUCCAUUUUGUGGCCCCAACAUCAUGGAUCAUUUCAUGUGUGACAUUUUCCACUUGAUACAACUUGCCUGCACUGACACUUUCCUAGUUGGUCUCUUGGUUGCUGCCAAUGGAGGGGUAAUUGCUUUGAUCACCUUUCUAAUGCUAUUGUUCUCCUAUGUGGUCAUCCUGUACUCUUUGAGGGGCCAUAGCUCUGCAGGGAGGAAAAAGGCCCUCUCUACCUGUAGCUCCCACAUCACAGUUGUUGUCUUGUUCUUUGUGCCUUGUAUUUGUAUGUAUCUGCGACCGGUAGCUACCUUUCCUGUGGAUAAAGCUUUAGCAGUAUUCUACACUCUUGUUACUCCCAUGUUAAAUCCUAUUAUCUAUACAGUGAGGAAUACAGAGGUAAAAAAUGCCAUUAGGAUGUUAUUAAACAGGAAUGCAAUUUCAGAUAAAUGA